AAUAGGUACUUAUAAUAGACUUAUACCCUUUUACACACCCACCGACAAUAUAUGUAUAUUAUAUAUUAACAAAUAGAAUGCGAAACUCAUAGAAUGUGCAGACGUAGCGGAUAUGUAUAGCGAAUAUAGAAUUAUUCAUCAAUCACUAUUAAUAUAAUGCACUUAGAACUAAUAGUGCCUAAUAAGACGUUAUUUUAAUUAACUUAUUCAAUAAGACAUAAUGCACUGCAUAGACGAUAGACCUAUAAUAAACUAAUGGACAUCGCAUAGAUGUUUUGGCCGUUACUGUGUGCCGAAACAUUAUUUAUAUAACCCAAAACAUGCUUUUUCUCUCUUAUAUGUUCAAUGCUCAUAUGUUAUGUUGUUUGGAUUAACCAUGGGCCAUGGCAGGACGUUAGCUUACAGGUCUAUGAUGCAUUGUAUAAUCUGCUGAUACGACUCAAUAGUACUAAUAAUUAUUAUGUCGAAAAAUAUCCUUAAUAUGGCUCAAGAACGUGGUCUAUAGUCUGUCACUACAAUAGUACAAUAAUUUACAAAAUUGCUACGACCUAAAAGGAUUGAAAAUCGUAAACAAUUAAAACUGUCAUCAUUUAGUACCAGCUUAUGAUAAUAGCUACAUACCCAGUGCGUAUUAUAUUAUUAUUGUUACCGAGUAAAAUCGCCGAUAAAAUGAAUAUUUUUAUAACCGUUAUCUGUGUGUAAAACCAAUAUUAUUCUAUAUGUUUAGACAUGGAAAUUGUUGAUAAAGAGUGAAGUGCGGGGUACGCGUUGCACACCAUAUCGCGUAGUUGCGUAUUUUCUUUUUAGUUAUUAUUUAUUAUUCCAUGUCUUGCACUAUUUUCAACUAAUUUGUCUACAACUGUCGUCUGGUACGGAUUAUUGUAUUAAUACGACGAAAACCGUUUACGCCGUUGUUACGCUUCAGAUUUGUGUAAAAUAAAGAUGACUCAAUAUUUGGUUGUUGAAUUUUAUGAAGACAAUUCAAUAGAAGCUGUUCCAGCUAACUGGUUUAAAAAAAAAGAAGGCACGUGCGCAUGGCCUAAUACCAAAAAUGCCAAUGCAUUAAAAAAAUGUGUUGAACUAAAAAGCAUUCCUAAUGAUGUUGAAUACAGUUAUCAUUUGGCCAAAGUCUUGAAAAUAUCUGAUUCAUUAUAUAAAGCUCGGAAAAUGGUAAAAAAAGGAUUAACUAACAUGUACAUUUCAUCUACUGAUGAUGAUGUUUUAUUGAAAUCCAAACGAAGAACUGAUAAAACGGCAGUAUCAAAUGUUUCAACCUUGUGUCCUAUAUUUUCAGAGUCUGAUGAUGGUAACUGUAGUGAUGAGAACAUCAAAGGUGGCAAAAAAGGUACAAUAAGAACAUUACUAAACGGAUGGUCACCAUCUCCAAAAAAAGUGAAAUUGCUGAAAAAUCUACAAGCUAAUAGUACUCUUACAAAAUCUGCAGAUGGUCGUUAUGCUUCAAAGUCAUCAAUUGUGAAACAAUUAUCUUUUACUGAUAAUAAUACAUCUAUUCAUGAUACCUCCAAGAACAAAAAUUAUAUGGUUGAUCAGACAAAUCUUGAACAUGAUUAUCUUGAUAAAAACUUAAAUAAUAAAGGUAUUGAAACUAUCAAUAAUGAGAUAAAAUCAACUGAUCUUGAAAUUGCUGAUAAUGGAAGCUCAGAAGUUAUGCAGAGACACCUAGCCGAGACACCUCAAUAUGCCAGCAAUCAAUUACAAUCAACCAGAACUCCAGAAAUUUCUAAUUCUGUAUCAGUUUCAAAGGGAACUACAGAAUUUGAAAAAGAAGUGCUUCAUAGGCUUUCAUUUUUAAAAUUUGAAUUAAAGCGAGUAGUAAAUAACCAAAGAGAUAUGGCCCAAAGACUGGAGAUAAUAGAAACUAGACUUGAAAAUAUUCCAUCAUAUGACAUUUCCAAUAUUAACAACAAUGAAUCAUCUUCUUUAAUUGAUAAAGAUUUCAAUAUACCUCUUGACAAUAUAAUUGAUCUUGAAAUCUUUGAAGAAAAAAUUUCUGGCAGUAAGGAAUUCCGUACUCAGUUGGUAAAUGAACUUUCAUACAUCGGCGGUAAACAUGUCAAGGCAAUGGUCAAACGGGUGAUGGGAAAAUUAUUUAAAGACGAAUUAUUAAAAGAUUUCUCAUACACCGGUAAAAAAGGCAAAAAAAAAUUUUGCAGUCUGGGUUGUACUUCUGUGAUUUUCGAUGCUGUUAAGAAGCAAAAUAAAUUUAAACAUUCAUCUCAAAAUGAAAUGGAGGAUAUCAUCAAAUAUGUUCUCGCUCAAGCCCCGUUUAAUUUAAAAAGAAUUUCUGAUAAGAAUAAUUUCUCUUCUUAAAUUGCUUUUUUUAAUAGUUGAAGAAUUUAAUUUUUUUUUUUUUGUUUUGAUAUAUAUCUACUUAAUAUAUUAUAUAUUAUAAGGUAAUAAAAUUCUCACAAGCUGUGAUAAAAUUUAAAAAUAUUUUAUUUUAUAUAAUUUAAAUUAAUAUAACAUAUAUAUUAUUUAGGUAGUAACAUAUUCUCACAAGAUGUGAUUAAAUUUAAAAAUAUUUUGUUUUAUACCUAUAAUAUUAUAAAUAAUAUAUAAUAAUAUAUAUUAUAUACAAUAUGUAUGUGUUAUUUAUGUAAUAAGAUUCUCAUAAGCUAUGAUUAAAUUUAA